AUUGGGCAAAAUUAGCGCUUCUCUGAAACCUCUAAACCCUAACUUCUAUUUUUAUCCCCUAUCCACUUCUUUUUGUUUUUUCUUUGAAUAGUGCUGGAUUUUCAGUUCCUAGUUACUGAAUUCUACUAGAAAUUAAAAUGACAAAACCGGAUUUAGCAGUCGCGACGUCAAGCAAAAUCAAGUUCGACGAUAGCGAUGAUGAUCACGAUUCUACCUCCGAGGAUGAAGGGGAAAUAGAGAAGGAGCUGGCGGAUGUGACGUUCGAGGAGCUGCAGCGAGCCAAGUCGGACGGGUCGGAGAUGGUGUAUAGGAAGUUCAAAUCGGAGAAUAAAGUCGGUGGAAGAGCGAAUAAGAAUAGGCCGAUGGAAAUGAGUAGUAAGAAGCCGGUUAAUAGAUAUAGAGAAGUCAUCCAAGUUCCAAAGAAGGUUGUACGUGAUCCUCGCUUUGAAUCAUUAUGUGGCAGACUUGAUGUUGAAGGGUUCAAGAAAAGAUAUGGUUUUCUCUAUGAGAAUGAGCUUCCUGGUGGAAAAGAGGAUAAACAAUUGAAGAGUGCAGUAUCAAGACGCACUGACAGAGAAAUUUUAGCUGAACACAAGAAGAAAGAGAGAGAAGCUGCAAAGCAAGGGAAAAAACCAUACUAUCUGAAAAAAUCUGAAAUACGAAAGCAAAAGCUUAUUGACAAAUACAAGGAACUGAAGGCAUCUGGGAAGCUUGAAUCUUUUAUUGAGAAAAAGAGAAAAAGGAAUGCUUCAAAAGACCACAGAUACAUGCCAUAUCGCCGUUUGGAAGGAGGAGACCAAUAAUUUAAAAAUGUUAUUGGAACAACAGAGCCUAGUGUAUGUGAUCUGAUAGGCUUGAGAACUUUGCUAUGCCUAUUAAGGUUGCAGGAGGGACGAGCAUCAGUUGAUGUUUUUGUUUUUGGCUCUUAUUCGCUUGAAAUAAGCCUUUUGUUGUAUCGUAGUAGAUUAGCUGUUUAUAGCUAGCUUUGAACUUACAUGUCAUGAAAGAGCCCGGAAUGGCUUUUAAAUCCAGAAACUGGCUCCAAGGCUGAGUAUCUUAUAUGUUCUCGACAUCAAACUAUUUUUUGCCAUUCCAGCUUGGACUAAAUCAGUAUUGCCCAUAAUUUUUAAUGUUCUUGCCCUCAUUUUACGAA